UACUUUGUUAACAACAAGACAUCGAUUCCAACGAAGAAUCUUAUUCGAAAACCAAGCGUCCUCUUCAAAUGCAAAACUUCUACAUUUUUCGUGGGACUGAUUUACACUGGUUAAUGGAAGUCGGCUGGCUAUUGAUUUAACAGUAAACGGUCUGGCGAACUCGUUCACAUUACAUCCCAGGCAGUCGAGCAAGAAAAAUCCUGCGAGCAAUAAUGAAUCACAGAACUCAAUAUACACCCGUGUAAGAGUAAUUAGAUCACUUUUCCGAUUUUUCAGGCGAUGGUUGAAUAUUAUGACCUCUCUCCAGUUGCAAUAACAGCGAGGAUUAGGACGCAUCCACUUUGAUCCGCGCGUCUUUGAACAAGUUGAUUCUACGUUUAUUCGCCGCAAAUGUAGAAAGACAGCUAAUGGCAUGAAAGGAAAAUUACUACUGGGUGAAGCUCAAGACGACAACAUGGACAAAAGAAUAAGGACAGAACAAUGAGCUGCACGGAUACAUUCAGUCAAAAUGGUCGUUCAAGAUCCAAGCACUCGCAUCAAGAGCAUCAUGGAGACGCCUCAAACAUCUCAGCAAGGAGAGAUGGGCCACACACUGAUGGUUCAUCAUCCAGCCAGCUUUCUACAUCCCACAAACCAGUUUUAAAACCUCAAGGAAGAGAUGGCGCGAAAUGUCAGAGCAGAGACGUUCUUUUGAAUCUCCUCCAACCACCUGGAUUAAAAGUGACGCAUGUCCAACAGGUUAAUUGUACUUUACCACAUCAGGAUAGCGACAAGAUAUUAUAUAAACCCGAUCUAUAUGGCUCUUACUGUAUGCGAUGCACAAACUUUCAUCAGGCUGCACGCAGCCCUAUUGACAGACGUAGAAAGAUGAUUCGAGAAUGGAAUCAGGGAGCUUGGUACAACGCUUCCACGAGCUUGGACACCAAAACUCAUGAGCAGAACCUAUCUAUCAACAGGGAAACGAGAAGAGGCCAUUUUGACGAUCAUGAAAUGACUACCAGUUUUCCAUGUCCUGGAGAACAUCUUCUACGAACGAACACAACCAAGACAAACUCUCUUUCCGCUACGGUUAAUUGCCAAGAACACGAGAAAAGGAGACGACCUCAUUAUCAAGACGAAUUACCGUUGCACAAAGAUCUCUGCCAAAAUGUUGCAAGCUAUCAUCAAAAACGUGCCAGACAGGAUUGCUUCAAGAACGACACUUAUACCAACGAUCCAAAAGUUCCUUUACACGAAGGUGGAAAAAUUGACGAUAAAAUCAUGAUCGGAGUCAACACAAACUCAAACAACGAUGGUCCAAAGUAUAUUCAAGGAUCCAACUGGCACCUUGAAAGUCGACAUUCUUUGAAGAGUAAACAUCCGAUUUCUGAGAAGAAAUUAGCACAUGAUCAACCAGAGAAGGGAGUCACAAGUUCUAGCAAUUGUACCGUUGUUGCUCAAGUUUCAACUGAAAAUGGAAAUGAUGCGUUUAAUGAAGUUUACGAGAGAACUCACCCGCGUCCACCCUCGACCUCUCAAGGUGACAGAUUGAACCAUAAUAUGUCCCCAACAAACAGCUACCGUCAUGAAAAGUUUCGUACCCCAAGCAAAUUGGAAUCAUCACCCGUAAAAUCGCCUAAUGGACCGGAACAUCACCACGAGGAAAAGGGAUUCGAGAAACCCUCAGAAAGUGACAAUCAAGCUCUUCACCAUUCUUCACUUGAAAAUUCUCAAGAGAGUGGAAGCCAAAGCGACGAAUGUACUCCAGUAAUUGUUCAGUGUUACAGUCUCUCUGUAUUACCUCCAGCCUUGCAAUCUACAACGAUGAAAGGUUCCCAAUUCUUGGAAGAGAAAAAUGCUGACCCAAGUGUUAAUAUCGGAAAUGAUUUUGUAAGGGAUCUUCCAAGUCCUCUUCGUUGUUCAUACCACCGAGGUUCUCCCGAGAGACGCGAAACCAUUUGCUGUGGUUUGGAGAGUCACAACGAUAAUCCAUAUUGUCCACCGGUCAACUGUCCGAGAAGCAGUGUAGAAGCACGUAAUGAUCGUCAAGAUUUUAUAGUAAAGCCAAAGCGUCCCGCGGACCAAUUGCCGACCUCGAAAGCCAAUGGCCUUGACGGGCAGAAUUUGCCUAGCAGAGAAAUCUCAUCCACACAUCCUCAUACAAGAUGCACUUGGCAUCAUAACCACCAAACAUUCAAAAGUGGGCGUGGGAGACGACAAGACCAUGGACCUUGGAUAAAGCCACAGGUUAAAACCUCACCCAGUUUUUCCGAUCAAGAGACGUCACGUUUUCAAGUGAAUCGAUCCUCCAUGUACGAUGAUCAAGAGUCCAAAGAGACGUCUCCUAUCUGGUAUACCAAGUACCUACAACAUAGGGACAGUCGUGCUCUUGAAAUUCACGAUUAUUACGAAGAGAGACGGAUUCUUGUCGAGAAAGUUUGCCAACAUACACGUGGAUCAGAAGAAGAUAUCAAAUGUAACCAGAACUUGACGAGCACGUACGAAUGUACAAGACAGUUUGGCCAGACUGACCACAACCAGGCAAGUACUUCAGAGGGUGAGGUACACCAAACACCAGUGUGCGAUGAGAGUGCCUUUCAAGUUUGUUCCCAUCAACGGGAAAAUGCGGUUGGAAGUAGGAAAAGGAAAAGCCGACCACCACGUCCUCAGAGAUUAAGAGCCCAUGAUCUACAUCUAGCAAAGGAAACCCAUCAGCACGAAGAUUCACAGCUGGAGGUUCGUCACAAGGACUUUUCCUGCAGUGAAUACGUUCAUCAGGAAAGUUUCCCAUGCCAGCUCGAGGGCGAUACAUCAGUGUCUAAAGAAAGAUGUGAAAAAAGAAGAGGAAUUGUCAGGGUGUAUGGUAAUGGUAGAAAGAUUUACUCCCAAGAAGACACUGAUCUUAGUCAACAGCACUCUCCAAGAAGACACGAUUAUGUGUUUCAAAGAAACUCACCGACACAAGCAGUAUGCAGCAACGAUUUCCCUGUGAGAAAGUAUCCAUCAAGACGUCCCUCUUUUCCUGAUAGACGGAACACCGACCCCUCCAGCGAAAAUUACGCGCAGUUCGUUGAGUUUACACGCAAUCCACGUGUCGUUUCACCUCGUGAAUUAGAAGCUGCACUCAAACAGGCCGAGUUCACUCCGUAUCAAACAAAGUCACCGAACAAGCACUUACCAAAUUUGAACGCCACAAGAAGUUCCUUUGACAACGGCUGUAAUGGCGUUACACCACAACACAGGCACGGCCCCAUAUGGAUAAUUGGUCCAGAAGGUCACCGUGAACAUUUGGAGAAAAUUUGUUCUGGUUAUGACAGAUUGUCUGUAGGCCAGUGUGAUCUAGCCUGCAAUGCACAUGGUGAGCGCCACGGUUACCAUCUUGAUCAUCCCGCAGUUUCAGCAAAGGGUAAAGCACCGAAUAAACCUUCAGAAACACAACCAUCAUCCCCUGGAGACAAGGGAUGCGAUUCCAGUAACCGCGUAGAAGAUACAUUUGUACCGGCCUAUAACAAAUCAUUCACAUCUGUUGAAACAUCCGUCACUACAGACGCUGAAAACGAAAAGACACAAAAGCGUAAUGAGUCUUUUUCGGAGGACCACACUUUCUUCAUUCACACACGAGAAGUUCUGACUGAUUCCACUGCACCUACCACGAAAGAGAAAAGGUUUGUUUGCCGAUACUGCAGCAAGAAAUUUGCGCACUUUUCCACUCUCCAGAAUCACCUCCGGACUCACACAGGUGAUAAACCUUUCCAGUGCAGCUUUUGUGGUCGUAGAUUUGCCCAAUCGGGAGUCUUAAAGGCGCACCUACGGACACAUACUGGCGAUAAACCGUUCGCCUGCAUGUACUGUGGAAAAGUGUUCGCGCAAAGCACGACCCUAACAAACCACCUGAGAACACAUACAGGCCACAAGCCCUACAUUUGUAACUAUUGCGGCAAAUCAUUCUCCCAGCCCUCCACGCUCAGAAAGCAUGAACUUUCUCACACAAAAGAACGGCCAUAUCCGUGUAAAUUCUGUGGAAAGGCUUUUGCUCAGCAAUCAACGCUGACCAACCACAUGCGUUCUCACACUGGACAGCGGCCGUACAAGUGCCGCUUUUGCGAGAAGAGCUUCGCACAACUGAGUACCCUGGAUCGUCACCUACGUCUCCACUCAAGUGUUAGCCUCAAGCCACAUCAAUGUCAAUACUGCAAUAAGAGUUUUAGCUACAUUUCCAAUCUGGCCUCUCAUAUGCGAAAUCACGAACGGGAGAUGGAGUCUUGUCAGUAAAAGGGAUCGCAGUUCAUCCCUGGAUGGACUUCCUUCCAGCAGCGGUUUUCCAUCGUAGUCUCCUAGUACACAUACCUAAAACCACUGUGGUGAGCCAGAUAAGCUAUUUUUAAAGUUGAUCAAACUCCUAAAAAAUUUCGAGUUUUUUCUUAUUUAGACACCUUUGUUCUAUACAGCCUCAUUUUUGUAUGAUAAUAUGAUACACGCGUUGUCUUAGCUCCAGGUACUUUAUCUAAGCCUCUUCCAAUGUUGAAACUAGAAACUUAAGGCCCAAUAGGACAUUAUUAUUGCCACUUUAUUGUCAUAGUUUUAAAUGGCUCAGAAAAGUUACAAAUUAGUCGUCAAAGUCUGUCUCUAUUACCAAUCGUGCCGAUUAACUCAAUCUUACUUCCACUGGCUCUCUAAGGAUAAUGAUUGAUAGCUCUCGUGUCCACUUUGGAUCCUCCUUCUUAGGCCUUUUUCAUAAAAAAAAAAAGCAUCGUUGCCCGGAAAAAAAAUUAUACUUCACCGAAAAUGUCUUUCUUAUAAGAUCAACGCUAAGACUUUCUCCGUUGACGUGUUUGCCACGUGAAAAUUUAAAAUUAUCGGACGAUAAAAGGCAUAAAAAAUCAAAGAGAUACUUCAAAAAACCAGACAAAGUUGAGGUGCUUUUCUAAUGAAAAUAAUACGUAUUAAGCUUUUUAUUUGCAAAGGAGCAAAAAUAACGAGUUUUUAAGCUAGAUUGACGCAGCUAUUGACACGGACCUGGUUACUCCGUUUUAAUCUUUGUCACAUUUUUUGCAUUCAAGCGAAGAACUUGUUUACAUAGUACUGCAAAUCUGUUUUCAGGAUCACGAGCAGUGGUCAUCAAUUGAAAAAUUUACAUCACAUUGUCAAAAACAUUUCGAAACCUAUUUAACUUGCUACCUUCAAUUUUGCUGGUACUCUGAAAAAAUAUUGAGUUCUGAUUAAGUUAUUUCAAAGUUCAAGUCCUAAUUUGUAGGCAAGAGAAUCUGUAAAACGACAUAUCCUCCAUCAUCUACCAGUUUAUUGGAGAAAAUUUUUUUUUUCAGUGUUCAUAAACUAAUGAAAGCGAACAACACUUCAGAUAUUUAAUAUAAGUAGGCAACAAAGCUUAAGAAAUUCAUUUUCUACGCAACAGGGUAGUUUCAAAAAAUCGUACAGUUUUUGUCUUGUUGACAUUACAUUUCUGCAGUGGUUACAACUUUAACUUAAUAGCGAUAAUAUCCGAUAAGUGUUUGAAGUUUCUUGUACUAACUAAAAAUAGGGCGAACAUUGAAGAAUAUUUGUUUGUAAAGUCGUGCUAAUGAUGCAAAGCUUACCGCAGAUUUUUCAUUCUUUUAUAAGAAAAAUGGCGGUAUUUAGUUCACUGACUUUGUACAACCAUGGUCGCGAUCUUAAAGGUUAACUUAGCCUGAUUGCCAAAGAUUUUUUUGAAAGGAUUUGAAUCACGUCGGGAUCAAGAUAUACUAUGCUUACGGGAUUAACACAAUUUAUGAGGUUUACUCUCUAAAACUAGGUGUCCUCUAUAAAAUAACUACACUGAAAAUCCCUUAUUAUGCAAUAUAUAUAGUAAGCGAAAAAACCAAUCGAAUAUGAUUUAACUGGUAAAGAACUCCUGAGAUUUGCGGAAUUCAAUCCUGAGGAAAAUGGAAGAGGAUAUAAAUGUUGAUAAUCAAGUGUAACGAGUCAAACUUGUUACACUUUUAAACAAAUGUAUUUAAAAUAAGCAGUCGUCAUUUGGACUUUAACUAAAUUUGCUAACAGAUGUUUAGAAUAACGAAGACUUAGAAGAUCUUUUAUUUUAGAUAUUAAGAAUAGUAUUUUAGAGACGAAUUUUUCUUUCAUAUUUUCGUUUAAAAAGUAUGUAUAGCUGGUGGCUUUUUAUCUCUUAAAAUGAACAAUGAAGGUAUUUAAUAGUAAGCUUGGGCCCAUAUGGCUUUAUUUCCCUUUUGUUUACCAACAUGAUCGUGUUGUUUUGCAACAGGCGAAGGCGAAAUAAAAAUUAACUGCAUGGCCGA